AUUUGUCUCUCUCUUUAGAGAUCCUGAGACAGAACCUCCGGAGAAGAAGAGGCAGUCUAGCUGCUGAUAAAACUUUGUUGCUUUGAGAUUUAUUUGGGAACCAAAUUUCUUACAUCUUGAUUUAAACAUUUACGGAGGACCACAGGUGACUUUUAAUUUGGAAGAAGCUUUAAUGUGACUCCUCCUGAUCCAUGAAGAUGUGAUUUUUGAAUAUGCGUUAGCCUUUAUUUUACAUCUGUGCACUGCAGCUACACACUGGAGCAGAACAUAGACAUCCUGAACACGUUUCAUCUGCUACGGUGUCCUUAGGAGUUUAACAGAUUCAUGGAGAAGACACUGACAAUAGGUCUGACUCUUUUCUUGACGCUGUGUGUGGACAUAGCAGCAGCAGGAGGGAAGAAGGAGGGGGCUCAUGGCGAGGACACUCAGACACGUUCAUCCCGGUCUUCAGAUAUAAAAGGAGGCCGUUGCUCCUACACUUUCAUUGUCCCACAGCAAAAACUGACAGGUGCGCUGUGUUUGAACACACAGUCUGCCUCUAUCAACCAGUCAGAGGUGGCAGCCCUGCGGGCGGAGCUCAGGCGGCAGCAGGAGCAGCUGGAGAAGCUCCAAGGCCAGCUGGAGCAGGAAGGGUCCCUUGCCAUGGAAGUAAGAGCCCUGCGUAAAGAGAGUAACAGCAUGAAUUCUCGCAUUGCCCAGCUCUAUGCCCAGCUUCUACAUGAUGUCAUACAUAAGAAAGACCAGGCUUUGGAGCAGCGAAGGGUGGAGAACCUCCUGCUAAAUGCUACAACACAGGCACUGCAGGUCUCCAGUAACUACAGGGAGCUGGAGAAGAAAUACGGAGCCCUCACGUCCAUGAUGAGCUCCCAGAACCAGUUUAUUGCCCGUCUGGAGAAGCAGUGCCAGUGCAGGGAGUCCACCCAGCCUGCUCUGGUGACGACUGAACCACCAAAAACCCAGUCUAAUGUGCAUCCUAAUUACAGCUCUGAAGCCAACGAGAUGACAAAUGACGUUCAAAGGGACCAAAGUGCUCUUCCACCACAGCAGGAAAAAACACUUCCUUCCCUCCCCAACACCACAGCCAACACCACUACAGACCCUCCUUACAUUAGUUUCCCUGUCACAAAGACCCCAGGGCCGUGGCGGGACUGCCACCAUGUGCUCGAAUCAGGUGAGACCACCAGCGGGAUCUACCUGCUCCGUCCACAGAGUGCCAAUCGCCUCCUGCAGGCCUGGUGUGAGCAGAGUCGGGCUCAGGGAGGGUGGACGGUCAUCCAGAGGAGACAGGAUGGGUCGGUCAACUUCUUCAGGACUUGGGAGCAGUAUAAGCAAGGCUUUGGGAAUCUAGACGGGGAGUACUGGCUUGGCCUUGAGCACCUCUACUGGCUGACUAAACAAGCCCAGUAUAAGCUACGGGUGGCUAUGGAGGACUGGCAGGGCCGGCAGGUGUUUGCUGAGUAUGACAGCUUCCACCUGGAACCGGAGAGCGAUUGGUACCGACUGCGGUUGGGACAAUACCACGGCAACGCAGGGGACUCCCUCUCAUGGCACAACAACAAGGCCUUCACCACUCUGGAUCGAGACAAGGACAGCUAUACAGGCAACUGCGCACAUUACCAGAAAGGAGGCUGGUGGUACCACAUGUGUGCCCACUCCAAUCUGAAUGGUGUGUGGUAUCGGGGCGGACACUAUCGCAGCCGCUUCCAGGAUGGAGUCUACUGGGCGGAGUUCCACGGAGGGUCCUACUCUCUCAAACGAGUUACCAUGAUGAUCAAACCCUCAUAACAUAUUAGCAUUGUGGACAUGUGAGAAUGUAGCAACCAGUAAUUAAAUAACUUCCUGAAAAUGUGAUGAAAUUUGCACUUAACGUGAUUGAAAUGUAAUAACUUGACCAAUAAUGUAAUAUAAUGCUGACUGAUAUUUUAAAACCAUUUUUACCGACAAUGAAAUGACCCACAGGUGGGUCUCUUUUUUAAAUGGAUGUUUUAAUAAUUUUGUCAUGUUAGCCUUUUAGUUGGCAGCAACAUUGAUCACUGAUUUCAUGUUUAGAAAAGUGGACUCUAGCAUUAGAAUUUGAAAUUUACAACAGGUGGGCUGGUGCACUGUUACCAGGCAAAGAUGGUAAAUUAUUAAAUCAAAAUCCCAAUCAACUGGGAAUGAACCUGCCCAUAGCCCUGCUGAUAGGUUGUUGUGUAACGAUUUAUCAUUAGACCAGAGUGGAUCUGAGAUAAGACACCACCAGAAGACACAAACGAGCAAUGGAGGCAAAACAACCACUUACAUUAUCUGUCAAAAUUAUUUCCAUUAAAAUUAUUAUUAUAAAUUAUUAUUCUGAUUACCAUUAAAAAUGACCCACCUGUAUGGUACUACAUAGGGGAAAGAACAAUAUUACAAUAUCAGUCAGGCAGUGUUAAUUUAGUUGGCGAAAACUAUGACUGAAAUUUUUCAUCGACGAACGUUUUUCCAUGACGAAAACGAGACGAUGAUGAGCUAAAAAUAGAUCUUGAUGAUAAAAACUAAGACGAAAUCUAUGCUUCAUUUUCGUUGACAAGACGAGACGUGAUUAAAAUGUUCAUGGUCGACUAUCAGACAUUGGAAACUGAGAGCGGACAUUUAUCUUCAAAUGCCACGUGAGCAACAGCCUGGCAAACUCCGGUAAAUAUUUUGCCCCAGGAUGUUCCGCUAGCCAGCAAAAAUACUCAGGGUGUAUGCUGAAUCGCAUACUUUUUCUUUCUACUCUUAGUACGUGCAGCUGCCCUUAUAAAGUACAUGCUGUUGUACACACUGGGUGUUUCUCAAAGUCAAGGAAGGAUCCUCAAACGGCCAAAUUUCAAGGAGGCUAUGUCAUCGACCCCCGACGAAGGCCUGUUCCAAUGUCAAGGAUCCUUCUGAAUUUCACCGAGGACUGAGUCCUUCUUUCAGAGAAAUUCCGAGGAUGCAUGUGUGUAUCCUCAGUGGGUAUGAAAUCCCCACAAUGCUUUGCAUACAGUUUGCUGGAAGUGAAACCUGCACCAGCGAAGCUCGGCAGGAUUUAGAUAGCUAUUUGGAUUAAUAUCGCCACGAGUUUUUAAUGAAAAAAAGUAUUGACAGAAACCUCAUAAUUUACACUUUCCAAUGUGUCCGCUGCCAAAUAAUGAGAUUUUUAAAACAAUGUGAUCUUAGAUAAAACAUAAAAGUUUGGAAUUAGUCAUUCACAGCAGAGAUGGAGUGCUUAAGUGUUUUUGACUUAUAUAUAAUAUAUUGACAUGUUCUCCCUAAAAGUCACUUUUCACUCUGAAAAUACUGCUUACAUUUGUUUAAAAUUGUACAACAACAUCAGAAAGUGCCAAAGUCAUCAGAGUACCCUGAAACCCCCUCAGUCUGCUGAAGGGUUAAUGUCGCACACCUGGGGACACUCAUUAGCCUGUUCCAAUGUUAUGAUGUUAGGAAGGACAUCCUUGGAAGGACUCAUGCCAAAGAAGGAUCCUUGACUUUGAGAAACACCCACUACUUCCUCAUAACGUUACACCCUGAACUAUGACCCUCUUACUUAUUUAUCCAUUACCAUGGAGAUGAAAACAAAAUGCCAUUCAUCCCCCAAAUGUCUCUGAGGACAGAACUGACACAGCCUGUCUUCUCCAGGCAGCCAGGUCUGCCUGUGUCUGCCAGUCUCUAGGGCCAGGAUGUGGUCACUGAGUCUGUACAUAGUACGUUUCUCAGUUUCUGAUCUGUCACAGCGAGCAGAUAGUUUGCCAUCGUGUACUGUCUGUUUAGAGCCAAAUAGCAUUGAAGUUUUUUUGGGGGGGUUUGUGGUAGCUAUAACUUGGUCGGGCUGGAUUGUGUGAGGGUUGUCCUGAGGGUUUGCAACUUCAGCUUUUGGUGGGAGUUGUGAGUUGUAAUCCAGCAGUAAACAAUCAGCUGUGUGUGUCUGACUGUGGGUGGUGGAGUUGCUGAAUGGAUCUGUGGAGUUCCUUAGUUGCAGUGGUGGCUGUUAGCAGCUCUGCCCGUUAGCCCUUGAAUAGCAGCGGAACAAGCAGCCACUGGCCACGAGACGUCACAGCUGAUCCCUGUGGGACUCCACUCAGUCCAAACUGUCUCAGGAAGAUUUAUGGUCGGAUGCUGUCUGUUUGACAAGCAGGUAGGAGGCUCAGUUAUGAAUUUAGCAGAGUUUUCUCUGACAGAGAUAAGAAUUUAGUUUUAAUCACCAACUCCGUGAGAAGACGCAAGUUUAAACCUCCAGACUGUCAUGUUGCAGAAAGAAUUCAGGUUUUAAGUUUUUUUAUCUGCUUCUUAACAGUCAGAGUUUACAAUGAGCCUGGGUACAAAUCCUAGUUGUCUCAGAUUACUUAUUUUGGGUUUACCGGACCUUAUACUUUAUUCUGCUUAAUUUAGACCUGUUGUCCCCCUUCGUGGACACUUUAUUGUGCCAUCUAGUGGUAAAGAGACCACAAUACACUAAUCCAUGUAGCCUAAAAACAAGAUGGCAGCGAUUCCUGCCAAGUCAGUCUGCAGCCAGCCCCGACACAAAAGUUGACGAGGUCCAAACCUGAUCAGAUGUAAUGGUUGAAACUUAAUUUAUGAUUUAUAACAUGUAGUUUGAUACACCAUACAAACUUUACCAAUUUUGGUAACAGUAACAAUCUUAAUUGGAAAGUACUCAUUUGAAGGACAUUGAGACUGUAUUACCGUCAUGUUUGAUGACAGUGGGACUUUAUUAUUGUUUCAUAUGAGGACAUUGGGACUUUAUUAUUGUUGACAGUGUUUAGUUUUUUAUACUCAUCAGGUCCUACCAAUCCGAAGGAGAAAUUAAAAAUGCAUACCAAACAAAAUGUCAGGUCUCGGGAGGCUACACCUGUCAAAAACUGCUGGAGAAAUGACAGUUCGAAAGUGUUUUGAAAUUAUUUGUAUUUGUAGAAAAAUUUGUCAAAAUGAAAUUUUUAUACUACCUGUCACCUUGACUAAAACAUUUUGAGUUUUCAUUGACUAAAACUAUGAUAAAAAUGACUAAAAUGUGACUAAAACUAAUGAGCAUUUUUGUCUCAAGAAUGAGGCUAAAUCUAAAAUAGCUGUCAAACUAACACUGCAGUCAGGAAAGUUUGUAACAUAAUUGGUCAGGUUAUUACAUUAUUGUGUUUUUAUUUCAUUUUCAAUCAGGUUAGGUGCAAUUUCGGGGCAUUGUUACAUACAUUCUCAGGAAACUAUUACAUUAUUGGGUGCUUCAGGGUCCUUUAAUUAAGUAUAUGUUUCAGUGUUAUCCCUGUACAGUGUUGAGCCAGUGUGCAUCUGUUAAAAGGGGAACAUCACCUAAAUAAGAAUUCCAGUAUGUUAUUUCCAUGGUCUAAGAAAGUUAAAUCAAUAUUUGUUUAACAUGAGCUACUCUCACAAGGCCAGAAACCUGAGAAGAUAAGUCUCACACUUGUGAUGAAGUCAAGUAUAAAGUCUAGACUUUAAAUUUUAGUUUUAGCACUUGAGUUUUUGUUUUGUUUUUUAAUCGGAAGAGAGCUGCUCACGUUUACUCAUAUUUGUGGACUAUCUUAAACCAUGGGAAUAUCAUGAAUGAAUUUUGAAAACAGGCAUAGUUCCCCUUUAAUAAAUAUCAUGUACCACAUGUCUGUCCUCUGUGUUGCAAUUUCCUGACAAAAUUUGAUGUUCUCCAAUUUGCAGUGUGCUUUUCAAAAUAAAAAUAUGCCAAAUUA